AUGGUCUUGGAAAGUACUAUGAUUUGUGUGGAUAAUAGUGAUUAUAUGAGAAAUGGGGAUUUUCUUCCAACAAGAUUGCAGGCACAGCAAGAUGCCGUUAAUUUGGUUUGUCAUUCCAAAACAAGAACAAAUCCAGAGAAUAAUGUUGGGUUAUUGACUUUAGCCAAUGUGGAAGUAUUAGCCACAUUAACAAGUGAUGUUGGUCGGAUACUAUCUAAACUCCACCGUGUUCAGCCGAAUGGAGACAUCAAUAUCUUGACUGGUAUAAGAAUUGCACACCUAGCACUUAAACAUCGCCAGGGCAAAAAUCAUAAAAUGCGAAUCGUUGUAUUUGUGGGUUCUCCCAUAAAUACAGAUGAAAAAGAACUGGUCAAGCUGGCUAAAAGAUUGAAGAAGGAAAAAGUCAACUGCGACGUCAUCUCAUUCGGUGAAGACUCUGAAAAUAAUCCUCUAUUGACAUCGUUUGUGAAUACUCUUAAUGGAAAGGAUAGCACAGCUGGCGGAAGUCAUCUUGUUUCUGUGCCGGCUGGUGGCUGCGUGGUACUGUCUGAAGCUUUGAUUUCCAGCCCCAUCAUUGGAGGCGAUGGCGCUGGUCCAUCGGGGUCUGGUUUGUCGCCAUUCGAAUUCGGCGUUGAUCCAAAUGAAGAUCCUGAACUUGCUCUUGCACUUAGAGUUUCCAUGGAAGAGCAGAGACAACGUCAAGAAGAAGAAUCUCGCCGUCAGCAAACUAGUACUGAAGGUGAAGCUGGGAAGACUGGAGAGGCUCCAAAUACUGGUAUGGAAAGAGCUUUAGCUAUGUCUCUUGGAAGGGAGGCCAUGGAAUUAUCAGAAGAAGAACAAAUUGCUCUGGCUAUGCAAAUGAGCAUGCAGCAGGAUGCCCCACAGGCCGAGGAAAGUAUGGAUGUAUCAGAAGAAUAUGCUGAAGUUAUGAAUGAUCCUGCAUUUCUUCAAAGUGUUCUAGAGAACCUUCCUGGUGUGGACCCUCAGAGUGAGGCGAUUAGAAAUGCUAUGUCUACUAUAAAAAAGGACAAGGAUGAAAAGGAUGAUAAAGAUCAAAAGGAUAAAGAUGGAAAAGGGUCAGGUUCAAAAGAAAAC